UUUCAUGUAGGCUACUGUAAAAUUGUAGGAAAAUAAGAAAAGCUGUAUUCAAAAAAAUUUUAGGGGUCGCAUCAGGUACACGUAGUGCCAUUUCACCUUUUGCACAGCACACACACACUAAAAUGAUAAAGUUAUUUAAUAGUUAGGUUUAAUAAAACCAUACGACUUUUUUUUUUCUAAAUUCCAAAUGUGAAAAAUCUAUUUCCCGCCAGUUAAACGGACCCCAUAAACGGAGAGGUCCUGACGAUGACGUCGGUGAAGGUGAGUUCCAAAAAUGAAAGAGGAUAGAAAGCACAUGGACGCGAGCAGCUGAAAUCAAUAAAUCAACUGACUGAUGAUCUGAAAUAUCGGGAUCACCGUUUGACUGUCGAUACGGAGCAACGCGCGCUCUCUGUUAAAGGAACGCCUCGCGGGCGACGGGACACUGGCCAAUACGAUCCAAAAGUCACGGAAAUAUUUGUGCAGCGAGAGUUUCCACGCGUGAAAAUGAUCCGAGAGAGAAACAAAGAGAGGGAGAGAGAUCACUGAUGAUGAUGAUGAUGGUGGCCUAGAAACAUCAGGAAUUCCUCGCUCCGCUCGACUGGAUCUUUAAGGUAAUGGGGGAUUUUACGCCAAGAAAACGGGCUCGCUUUCCUCCUCCGCGCACCGCGGCUUUACUUUUGACUCGGAGGAGGAUGCAUUGAAGUCUCGCAUGCAGUCUGAGAGUCUCUGGCUCACGUGAAAAGGAACGGCGGCUCUGCGCAUUGAUGCGUGUGCGCGCGAGCGCGUACGCUUACGCGUGCUCUCCCGUGACCGAUGGCACUGGAAACCGUGCGCAACGGCUAUGUGCGCACUUGUGUCACUCCCGCGGAGCAGGACUGCUGGCACUCGCGCUUGGCUCUCGUGUGGAGCCGUAGGAGCCUCUCCUCGGCCGCGUGCGUCGCCUCGCUGUCCGUGCUGCUCGCGCUGCUCUCCGCGGACUGGGACGCGGAGCGCGCGUGUCACUUGGUGACGCUCGCGGAACUCGCGUGGCAGCUGCUCUCCCCCGUCUUUACGCUCGUGUGUGCCUUCUUUUGGGUGGGCGUGUAUCUGCUCCGCUGCGGGGUGCUCAUCCGCACCGCCGUGUUCCUGCUCACCGUGUGCCAUCUGGGUGAAGCGGCGGCGCAGUCGCUGUUGGAUGCGCAGCAGCUGUACUCCUUUACCGCCACCGCGCUGGUGCUGCUCGCCUGCCUGGCCAGCGGAGUGCUCAUGGUGGUGCGUCUGGGUCAGGGCAUCUCAGUGCUCCUCUUCAUCAGCAUCAUCAGGACCGUAUCGCUGCUGUCUCUGCAGAAGGUGCGCGCCAGCUGGAGACCCUACCUGGCGUACCUGCUCGGGGUGCUGGGGGUCCUGCUGGCGAGGUAUGCGGACAGGCUGCUGCCGCCGGAGCAGGGCGCAUCACACCGGGAGGGAUCGAGCGGAGAUAUUCCGGUAUUUAAGAGGCGCAGGAGGUCCAGCUCCGUAGUCUCGUCAGACAUGGCACAGCACGGCCAGCCCAGGAGCAAAUCUCACAGGAGGACGUCGCUGCCCUGCUUACAGAGAGACCAGAUGCUCCCACAGCAAGAAUGGGACCACAAAAGAGGCGCCCGAGGAUCUCAGCGUUUGAGGCGGAGUUUGCCUCCGGGGCUUUUGAGACGCAUUUCUUCCACGUGGACCACCACCACCUCAGCCACGGGCCUGCCCACCCUCGAACACGGGCCGGUCAGACGGGACCGCAGUGCCAGCAUCAAAGCACCUCACGAUGGCCCUUCCAGCAGUUUGGUGAACAGUGAUUCAUGGAACAACUCUGUUAUGCUCAGCCUUUCCAAGAGCAGGUCCAUGUCCGCUUCAUACGCUGCCUCCUCCACCACCAACCACAUCUAUAGCAAGAGCCGAAGAGGUUACCCUUCUUCCAACAUCUCACCUCUGGCUUCGCCCUGCCACUCCCCUCCAGUACAGGGCACUCCGCUCACCAGUCCCACCAACAAAAGCCCUUCAGUGGAGCUGCCUGACGCUGAGCUUCCGCCACCACAGAGCCCCCACAAAGCCUUAACCCACAGUCAGAGCGCCCCCAGCUCCAGCACCUCACAAUGGGUGCCGCUUCCACUUUGUAGCAGCUGUGGAAGACCGAACAGUAAACUGAGACACGGGGACGGAUCCAUAGACGCAGGAGACCGAACCCAACAGUCAGACGAGCUGCUGAUAAUGUCGUCAGUCUAUGACAGCACCUAUGAGACCAACCACAGUGACAGCAGCAACUUUGCACAGAACGAAGACAGAGAAGGUCACAGGAAAGCCUGCGGGACGUUCCCGCUGACCGCUCUCAUCCCACCGGAGGAUAAGCCCAUCUUGGCCCCGGAGCCACUGGUGAUGGAGGGCCUGGAGUCCCUCAUGAGUCAGAUCAACAACUGGAACUUCCCCAUCUUCAGUCUGGUGGAGAAAACCAAUGGCAGAUGCGGCUGCAUCCUCAGCCAGGUGUCUUACCGGUUGUUUGCGGAUACGGGACUCUUCGAGACGUUCAGGAUUCCGGUGAGGGAGUUCAUGAACUAUUUCCACGCUCUGGAGAACGGAUACAGGGACAUCCCAUAUCACAACAGGAUUCAUGCCACAGACGUCCUCCAUGCGGUUUGGUACCUCACGACCCAGCCUGUGCCUGGUUUACCUACACUGACAUCACUGAGUGACUCCGACUCUGACGGUGGACUCGCUCUCGGCCACACAAGGUACCUGAUGUCCAGGACGUAUCCUGCAGAGGAGGAGGGUCACGGCUGUCUGUCGGGCCUCAUCCCCGCUCUGGAGCUGAUGGCGCUCUACGUAGCAGCCGCCAUGCAUGACUACGACCAUCCCGGCAGGACCAACGCCUUCCUGGUGGCCACCAGCGCUCCUCAGGCCGUUCUUUAUAAUGACCGUUCGGUGCUGGAGAAUCAUCACGCUGCGUCCGCCUGGAAUCUGUUCAUGUCGCGGCCCGAGUACAACUUUCUGGCCAGUCUGGACAACAUGGACUUCAAACGCUUUCGCUUCCUGGUCAUCGAGGCCAUCCUGGCCACCGACCUCAAGAAACACUUCGACUUUCUGGCUGAAUUCAACGCUAAGGUGGGAGAUGAUGGAUGCUCGGGCAUUGAUUGGACGAAUGAGAAUGAUCGUCUGUUGGUCUGUCAGAUGUGUAUUAAGUUAGCGGAUAUAAACGGUCCGUUGAAAAGCAAGGAGCUUCAUUUGCAGUGGACGGAAGGCAUCGUCAAUGAGUUUUAUGAACAGGGUGAUGAAGAGUCCAGUUUGGGCCUUCCCAUCAGCCCCUUCAUGGACCGCUCAGCACCGCAGUUGGCCAAACUGCAGGAGUCCUUUAUCACACACAUCGUGGGGCCUCUCUGCAGCUCAUACGAUUCAGCCGCUCUCAUGCCCGGCCACUGGGUCGACCCUCUGCCCAAAGAGGGCGAGGAGGCUGAGGAAGAGACAGAUGAAGAGGAGGAGCAAGACACACCGGAGGAAGACACCUCUUCCAGCUCCGAACUUUCCCAGAAACCAGCACCCAAGAAACGACGGAAAGUGUUCUGCCAGAUCACCCAGCACCUGCUGGAGAACCACGAGAUGUGGAAGAAGGUCAUCGCUGAAGAGUCCCAAAGCCAGACAGAAGGGGAGGAGUCCACAUGCCUCACUAACACCCCUGAGCCAAUCCUAGCCAUCGAUGAGGAGGAGGAGGAGCCAGGGAGCAAGGAGGAGCCUGCAGAUGACCAGGAGGAGGAGGAGAGUCCUGUAACUGACGAGACACAUGAAACAGAGGAAACAGAUGGCGAGACUGUAGAGGAAGUGGACGAGACUGCGAAGACUGUAGUAGACGACGCGGAGCUAAUGGGAAAACGAGAGGAAGAUGAGAAAGAGGAUCCGGAAUGAAUGACGUCAUCUAAAAGCUUUUCAUCGGCAAGCGAAACUUCUAAGAAAUGGUUGCCAGCACAUCACUUAGACACAACACUGUAGAUGCUUGGGGAACAUGUGCCUAAAGGAAACAGGGUGGGACGGGGUGGUUCGGGAUGAAGGGUUUGACUAACAAUGAGCAGGUGGUGAACUUUUGAGGUUUGAUGCUAAAAUUGGCCGGGACAAGGAGUUCUCCAGGGGGUUUACAAUAUUUUCUAGACUUAUGUUGGUCAGUUUGCAAGUCCUUCUCCAGCUGCACCUUAACCUCCAAUACUGCGACAGGGGUCCCAAUGACCUGAAGUUUUGCAGGCUCAACAAGCAUUUCCGAGGAGCUCAGUGUCAAAGUCGGGGAAACGAGAAACCAAUCCACCGUGACUCUCGCCGGUUGGCGUAUCCCAUCGUGGGCAGCGGACGAAAGCAAACGCUCCAGAAACUGCAUGCGUUUGUGAAAAGAUACACUAUGUGUUUGCGUGUCUGUCCUGCCAUUGCUCUUUCUUUUUCCUUUCCAGAGCAUCAAUACAGCAAACGCUUGCUCCACUGUCUCAUUUCCGAAGGCGUCGAGCCGAAUGCUUGUCAUUCCCUUCCCUCACCUUUUUCCCUCGGCAUUCCACGAGCUGAGAUUUUGCGUUUCUCAGGAUCAGACUGUUUUCAGAUAACUGUACAAGGAGUCAUUGGUUUUUACAGACUUUCUUGCAGCUUUCUAAUCUUUUGGAUCUUGAUUUGUUGUUUUUUAAAACUGUAACUUCUUCAAAACGCCAAUGGCCUUUUAGCCCAAUCGUUGUUUUACCAGGUGAUUUGAUAAAUAUAUACACAAAUGCAUACGGCGUGCAAUAGUACAUCGCCUCAUCCCUAGUCAUCAAACAUUGUACCGUCCGAAACUAUAGACGCUCUUAUUCUCCCUCCUUCUGUUCUUGCAUUUAAGCUAAGCUUGAGAGCCAAGUGAACUGCUCGAGCAAGUUUGGCUGAUCAAAGUCGCAAACUAGAACGAUGGGAAGGCCUCAGGCUCCCGCAUUCCCCCGCAGUCGCAUGUUUUCCCUCUGAACAAGGCUGUGGUUAUGUGGUCGUCUCACGCAGCCGCCGCUAUGGUCAGCUCCUCAGCCCAAGGGAUGAAACGACGAACGGCGUCCCUCUCACAUGAGAGCAUGUGCUGCACAUGAGAUACGCGCACCGGUCGACAUGGCUGUCCGCGCUCGCCUUUGAUCUACCGAAAGCGGCAGAUUGCUCACGACGGCGAGAUGAAACACUUCUGCGGGCUUAAUCACCUCGGGUCCGAUGUCUAAUCGGACGCCUUCAGUCGCUUUGAAGGAGA